UUGUUUAUUUCAAAAUGGCGUCGCCCACGACAUCCCAAGUUCACGUGUACGUCUAUGACUUGACUAAAGGGGUUGCUAAAUCGAUUUCUCCGUUCUUGUUAGGUAAACAACUAGCAGGAAUUUGGCAUACAGGGAUAGUUGUCUUUGACCAAGAAUAUUUUUUUGGGUCUGGAGGAAUUGACAGUUGUCCUCCGUGUGGAACUGUUCUAGGAAAUCCUGACAGAAUUAUUGAUCUUGGAACCACAGAAAUUCCACUUAGCUUAUUCCUUGAAUAUCUAUGCAGCUUGGGAGAAUCCACAUUUAAACCAGAUAGUUAUGAUUUAUUUACACAUAACUGUAACAACUUCAGUCAAGAGAUAGCUGUUUUUCUAACUGGAAAAUCUAUUCCACAAGAAAUUUUAGAACUACCAAAUGAAGUAUUAUCAACUCCUUUAGGAAGUACGUUAAAGGCUUAUUUGACUAAUCUCAACAUUCAACAAAAUCAUUCAUUGGAUUUUCCUGAAGAUACUAGACAUAUUGAAAAUUAUAGCCAAUUAGAAAACCAUCAGGAUGAUCUCUCUGCUUGCAUGAAAUCAGAAUUAAAUAUCACCACUGAUCUUAAUCCAGCAAAAAUAUUUGAUGAUGAUAAUAUGGCAGAAGUAGUAAAUAGUUUAAUUUCAAAAUUACCACCAAAUAAACUUGCAGAAAGUGAGCUGCUAAGGAAUUUGGCAAAUUAUUCAAAAGAAAACAGAGAUAUCUUUAAUUUAGAAUUAGUACAUUUACAAGUACUUGGGAAUUUAUUAGACAGAGAAGAUACGUCAGAAAUCCAAAAAUUGAUUCUACAAAUGUUGCAAUCUUUAGCAUUAUCUAAUAAAUUUGUAUUAUUGUUAAGUGAAGAUAAAAACAACUUUAUCAUGAAAUAUAUUUUUCAUAUGAGUGAACUGCCAGCUGAUUUACAAUUAGAACUUUUAAAAAUCUUAUGCAAUUUAUCCACAAUUGAGGAAAGUUUUAAGUGGUCUAUGUCUGAAAGGAAGUGGUCCUAUUGUGACAGAAAUCUAACUAAUUGUAAAGUAACAACUAAUGCUGUUGUGGAUAGUUUAUUGAGUGAAUCUUCAGAAUUGCAAAAUAUGGGAUCAGACUUUUUAUAUAAUCUUUCAUUAAAUAAGAAACUUGGUAAUAAUACAAUCACUGAAUUAGCUACUGCAGUUUUGCAACUUUUACAAGCAGAUUUAUCUGAAGAAACAGCAUAUAAUUGUUUGGCAGCAUUCUCCAAUUUUUUAAAUUCUCCUGUGUUCAUUGAUUGGAANAAUCAGAAACAAAAGAUGAAAAAUAAGUAA